CGUUGCAAAAACAUCCUCAAAUGGAGUCUCAGAACAACACCUCUCUGAAUCCAUUCUGCAAUGGCUUCUUGGCAAAACUUUUUGUCAUGCUAACUGUCUUGGCUUCUUUAGCAAAUGCAGAUGUUUACCAUCAAGAAUUCGUAGUUCAAGAAACAAAGAUAACAAGGCUUUGCAAGACCAAAACCAUAAUCACAGUUAAUGGACAGUUCCCAGGGCCCACUGUUGCUGUUAGAAAUGGGGAUGAUGUCGUCAUCAAGGUUACAAACCGAGCUCGUUACAAUGUCACCAUCCAUUGGCAUGGGCUGCGUCAGAUGAGAACGCCAUGGGCAGACGGGCCAGAAUACGUGACCCAAUGCCCGAUUAUGCCAGGAGGAACUUACACAUACAGGUUCAAAAUCGAAAACCAGGAAGGCACGUUGUGGUGGCACGCUCAUAGCAGAUGGCUGAGGGCAACUGUUUAUGGAGCCUUUAUCAUCUACCCGAAAUCGGGUUCCCAUUUCCCUUUCUCCCAGCCAAAGAAAGACAUCCCUAUACUUCUUGGGGAAUGGUGGAAUAGAGACAUCAUUGCACUCCAAAGACAGACACAAUUCACAGGCGCAGCUCCUAAUAUCUCUAAUGCUUAUACAAUCAAUGGUCAACCUGGUGACCUCUACAGAUGUUCUAGCCAAGAUACUGUCAAGUUCUCUGUGAGCCCUGGAGAAACAGUUCUCCUGAGGGUUAUCAACGCUGCACUCAAUCAACAGCUCUUCUUCUCCGUGGCCAACCACAAGCUCCAAGUGGUCGGCGCCGAUGCAGCGUACAACAAGCCAUUCACCACCAACGUGAUCAUGGUCGGACCGGGACAGACCACAAACGUACUCCUCACGGCGGACCAGCCCCCGGCGCGGUACUACAUGGCGGCACGGGCCUACGCGACGGCGCAGAACGCCGCGUUCGACAACACCACCACCACGGCCGUCCUGGAAUACACAAACCUUCGACCCGGCGCGAAUUCACGCCCUCUCAUGCCUCAGCUCCCUUUCUUCAACGACACGGCCACCGCCACGGCCUUCACUACCCAGCUGAGGAGUGUCCCGUCUAACAAUCCGACGGUCUUUAAGCAACCCGAUGAAAGCCUGUUUUUCACCGUGGGAUUGGGGCUGGUGAACUGUACCCCCGGGCCGAGAUGCCAAGGCCCCAAUAAUACACGAUUCGCCGCCAGCAUGAACAAUGUCUCCUUCGUUCUCCCCAGAAGGACAUCAUUGUUGCAGGCUUACUACAACAACAUUCCCGGAAUCUACACGGUGGACUUCCCGCCGGUGCCGCCGGUGCAGUUCGACUACACCGGGAAUGUUUCCCGUGGGCUGUGGCAACCUCAGCCUGGGACGAAGCUGUACAAGAUUAAGUAUGGGUCUAGAGUGCAGAUUGUGUUGCAGGACACGGCCAUCGUCACCACGGAGGACCACCCCAUCCAUCUCCACGGAUACCAUUUCUGGGUUGUCGGACAAGGUUUCGGAAACUUUAAUCCUCAGACUGACACUGCUAAGUUCAACCUGGUUGAUCCUCCGGUUAGGAACACCAUUGAUGUGCCUGUUGGUGGAUGGGCUGUCAUCCGUUUCUUCGCUGAUAAUCCUGGGGUUUGGCUGAUGCACUGUCAUAUUGAUUCCCAUCUGGCAUGGGGUUUGGCAAUGGCAUUCAUAGUUGAAAAUGGGCAAGGAGAAAGUCAAACUGUUGAGCCUCCUCCGCUAGACUUGCCACGCUGCUGAGGUUAAUUACAGAAAGAAGUUAAACAAGAACUAGAGAUUCAUCUUCAAUUCCUGCACACUAAUACUGGAGUUAUAGCCUACCUGCUUUACUAUAUGUGUUUUUGUUUUUCUUUUUCAGAAGUGUGUAUAAUCCAGGUUUUGCAUCUGGAUUAGAUUGGAUUUCUUUGUGAUUGUUUUGAUUCCAAGCCAAGAAAGGACUUCAAGUCCAUAUUAUUGUUAUUACUUAUUAUUAGUACGUAAUACAAUAUUGUAUUGUUAAGAAAUUCCAUAGCUCUAUUCUUGAUGGAGUUUGUCUUGUGAUUCUAGUUGACAAGACCAACUCACAUCAAGGAGGUUAAUAUUGUAUCAUGUUAUUAGAUAUCCAUU